AGCAGGAGGUAGCUGGUGGUGCAGUGAGCGCUGAGUGGCAGCAGAUAUAGAAAGGAAACUCAUGAAGUAAUGAUUGACAAUUUCUAGCUCAAAGGAAUAGAAUACCAUGACCUUGUAAUGGGAAGAGUUAUCCUAACUCGUAUAGUUGUAUGAUUAUGUGAGAUUUGAUAAUCUUACCACUGGAAAAAAGAAGAAAGAAAAGAAUUUUCUUUUGUGGAUACUAGAAUCAAGAUCUGCGAUGGAUUCUGCAGAAGAUAAUUUCAAGAAGGCUGCUCAUGAUUAUUCAAGUGAGAGUGCUGAUAGUGAUGAUAACGAUAGCAAGUGUGUUGAUAGUGAGAAAAUAAACUUCACUGCAACUGAGGAAGACAAAGAGAGUGAGAGUACGAGUGACAGUGAUGAGGAGGAUGCAACCGAUUAUGAUGAAGAAGCAGCUGUUGUGCAGAUGCUUAAAGAAAAGGAAGACAGAGAAAAAGAAGAUGAAGACCCGGAUCAUGGUGAAAUUUAUUGUAUCUCAACCACUGAUGAAGUGAUACGGCAUGAAUCACAAAAUGAAGGCAGGGAUUUCAGAGUUUUCCAGAAUAAAUUGAAUUCCCAAAACCUUGAAAUAAGAAAACAUCGUGAAAUUCUGAUGAAACUGAAGCAAAACAUUUGGCCAUCUCUAUCAAAAGCAUCGUUUGUCAGUCUGUUAAAAGACUUUGUUGAGUCUGAAUUCUUUGUGAUAGAUGGGGAUUCCUUACUUCUUAUGUUCUUAAAUGAGGAAGUACAACAUCUAACACUAUUUUACCUAAUUGAAUGCUUUCUGCAUGAUUUCACUCAAAAAGGAGCAAAAUACAUUAUUGUUUUCUUCAAGGAUGUAGAGCAAAUGUACUUCCAGAAUCCUCAGUUUCUUUUCUUACGUACUGCAUUAAUAGAACAUCUGAAGCACAACACGUGCAUCACCAUUCACACAGAAUUUUCCAAUUGUUUUUCACCACAAUGGGAGAUUUUUCUGAAGAAAUCCUAUCCUUAUUUCAUCAUCAUAUCUGACAUAGGUCUGACCUCUCUCCAAACCAACUAUCUGACUAUUUUUAUUGCUCAUUCACUGUCAAAGAAAAUCAAUGUUGUACAUGCUUUUGGACAGGAAUAUGACACUCUUAGAGUUUAUGGAUAUCAUCUUCAGAGUAUGUGGAAACACAGAAUUUUUUUUCAAAAGUAUGAAAAAGAUCUGCAGUGUGCCUGUGAAGCCAUAGUCAGGUACAAAGAACUGUCCAUGUACCUGUAUGGACCUCUCAAGCUGAGCCUGAAAAGCAUAAAAAAUGAGGUUUACCAGACUGUCCUUCUGUUGAAAAAGCUGUGGCCUGAAGGAUCUGACAUUCGUCGUGUGACCUGUGUUCUUACUUGUGCAGUGGGAUUAAAACUGUACAGUGACGUGCUGGAAAGUGCACAUGCUUCCUUGGGAGCAAAACCGGAGCAAUCAGAAAGAGAAAGAAGUAAACCACUAUCUCCGGAAGAAGCCACUGACCUCUGUAGAAUGCAGUGUCUUACAACAGUUUUUCUUCUGCAUAUGCCUCUUUCUCAGAGAGCUCAGAUUAGGAUCAUGAAAUCCUGCUGGACUAAACAAGUUUUACCCUUAAUAAAAAUGCAACAGCUGUGUGCACAUUUUGUUCUGAAACAGCUAAGUGAUACAAAUGAUUGGAAACUGGAUUUAACUUAUCUGCCUGACUUAAAUGAUGAUUCGCUGCUCAGAAAUCUUGCACAUUACUAUGAGAUUGAAUACUCUGAAGGAUUAGAGUUCCAAAAGGAAUUGGGGGAAGAAAUGGAUAAAGAAUACAGGUUUUUAUGGGACACCGUAACCAAACUGACUGUGAACUAUGAUUUUGGAGAUGCUUUCCCAAUACGAAAUACUUCUCAAAUAUUUAUUGAUCAUCAGCAGACAUCAUUUAGAGUCUGUGAUGAAAAAAUUCCUGAUAUAGGACUAAUCCCAUUGAAAUCUGAUCUUGUUGAAGAAUAUGCUGGUGAUGUUUUGAAAGACCUACCUGUUUUAGAAAGCAAUAAUCCUGUAGUUACUUCACUUGCUAAAUACAAAGAAUUUGAUGAGCUUCAUCACUGGCAUUCUGGCAGACCACUGACUGAGGAAUAUGAACGAGUACCAUGCAAUGCAGAUGCAAAGUCCAAAGAUGCAGAUGGAAGAAAACAAAUUCAAAAGCUUCAGACUUUUCAUCGUUUAUAUGGAAGCACUUUGGAAGGUGGCACUUCAAAGUUUAUUGUAUGCCGAAAGGAUGCUUCAGGAAAGGCUGAUGGUGCUAUGAAAAAGACUAAAAUACACAAAAGCAAAGCAGAAAUAAUUAUGGAGGAAAACAACAGGCGACUAAAAGCUAAAGAAGAAAAGAGAGAACAGGAGCAAUGGAAAACCUUGCAGAUACCAAUGGAAAAGGAAAUAAAAGCAAAUCUGACAGUUGGAAUAAAUAAAUUGGAAAAGUUUCUCAAGACAGUUAAAAGUAAAUCUGUGAAAUUCAGUGUAGAAAUGUCAGGAUUGUCGGCCUGUGUAGAAGCAUGGAAAAAACACUGCAGAAAACAAGGAAACAAACCUGAAGAUUUAAGCAGUGCUGUCCAAGUUAUGAGAAGAAUUCAUAUACUGCUUGAAAAAUAUCAAGAUCUUUUGGAGAAAUCACACUUACAGAAGCUGAGUCAAUAUCUACAACUUCUUGGAUUUGAGAAUUUGGCAUGUACUCUGUCUGGCCAGGCCUUACAGAUGAGAGAAGAAAGAGAUGAUCGGAAUAGAAGCAACUAUGAUGUUGAGGUGGGACCAGCUCGCUUUCAGCUGCAAUACAUGGACUAUUACUUGCUCAGAGAAGAGAGGAAUGAUCCGGAUCCCCGCGUGCAACACUUCAUACCAGACACAUGGCAGCGAGAACUUCUUGAUGCUGUAGAUAAUAACGAGUCUGCGGUGAUUGUUGCUCCCACAUCAUCAGGAAAAACAUAUGCUUCAUAUUACUGCAUGGAGAAAGUUCUGAAAACAAGUGAUGAAGGAGUAGUUGUGUAUGUUGCUCCCACAAAGGCACUUGUAAACCAAGUGGUUGGAUCUGUAUACAGUCGAUUCACCAAGAAACUUCCAGAUGGAUUGGUGGUGUGUGGAGUCUUCACACGAGAUUAUCGCCACGAUGUCAUGAAUUCUCAGAUACUAGUGACUGUGCCUCAGUGUUUAGAAAUUUUGAUGCUGUCUCCUCAUCACCAGAGUUGGACCAAAAGAAUACAGUACGUUAUAUUUGAUGAGAUCCAUUGUCUUGGCGGUGAAAUUGGAGCAGAGGUUUGGGAGCAUCUUCUGGUAACAAUUCGGUGUCCAUUUUUGGCUCUCUCUGCUACUAUCAGUAAUCCAGAUCACCUGACUGAGUGGUUACAAUCUGUGAAAAGGUAUUGGCAAUGUGCUGAUAAUAAAAUAAAAGGAGGCUCUACUGACUCUGAGAAGAACUUCGCAGGAAAAUAUAAAGGAAGAUCUACAGUAAGAGAACAAAAAAAAUCAUACCGUGUUAGAUUAGUCCUGUAUGAAGAAAGAUACAAUGAUUUGGAGAAAUAUGUGUGUUCUCUAACAGGCAGUGAUUUUGUCAUUGAACAUUUUCACCCUUGUGCUGCAUUAACAGUCAAUCAUAUUGAGAACUAUGGUAUUCCUUCAGAUCUUUCCCUGUCUCCAAGGGAGAGCGUUCAGCUGUAUGACACAAUGGUAAAAGUCUGGCAGAAGUGGCCAAGGGCACAGGAGAUGGACCCUGAGGAGUUUGUCUCUUUCAAGAAUAAGGUAGUGAUAAAAAAGAUGGAUGUGAGGAAGUAUGAACAGGAACUGAAGAUGGAGUUAAGCAACUGGAUUGUAGUUGGACAAAGACAAAAGGUGAAUGAGGUACUGGAGAACUUAAAGCCCAAACCUGUGGAUUGCUCAGAAUAUCAGAAGUGGAAGAAGUUUGCACUCUUUGUUGACAAAUUGCAUGAAAUGGGUAAAUUGCCUGCCAUAUUUUUUAUAUUUGGCUUAGAUUCAGUGGAAAAGGCAGCCAGGAAUGUCUUCCUGAAUUUGCUGAAAAAACAAUUCAAUGAACAUGACCCUAAAAUGGAGAAGGAAGUAGAAGAUAUAAGGAACAAAUUAAGAAAAGUGAAUAAAACACUAAUGAAAUUUGAAAAUAUGGAUACCAAAAGGGUGAAGCCUAGUAAAAUGGAAAGCAUGGUGAUGCUUUUAUCUAUGAAAAAACAGCUACAGGAAAGACUUAAAAAGCUUACUGCGAUCCCUUCUACGUGUACUUAUGCUGAUCCUAAAGCAGUGGAUGAAGAUACUUUGAGGAAGAUUUUUUAUCGACUUAGGUUUCAGAAAAAUAGUUAUCUGCAUCAAGUGCUGGCACGGAGGGGCAUUGGGUAUCAUCACGGAGCUAUGGCCAUGAGGGAAAGACAAACAGUGGAGAUGCUUUUCAGGCUGGGAUAUAUCAAGGUAGUCACAGCUACUUCAACUCUAGCUCUAGGGAUCAACAUGCCGUGUAGGUCUGUGGUCUUUGCUGAUGAUUCUGUCUUUUUAGAUGCACUAAAUUACAGGCAGAUGUCAGGACGUGCUGGAAGACGGGGACAAGAUAUGAUUGGAGAUGUGUUCUUUUAUGAUAUUCCACUGCCCAAGGUUGAAAGACUUAUCAAAUCCAAUGUACCUCAAUUGAAAGGCCAGUUUCCUCUGACUAUUUCCUUAAUACUGAGACUCAUGCUGUUGGCUGCAAAGGCUGAUGACAAAAUGGAUGCCAGAGCAAAGGCAUUGUCAGUGCUGAAGCACUCAUUGAUGUCAUUCAAAAAAGAAAGAUAUGCUGGAGUAUUAAAAAUUUAUUUUAUGUUUUCUUUGCAGUUUCUUAUCAAAGAGGGCUACUUGGAUCAAGAAGGUAACCCCAUAGGUUUUGCUGGACUUGUGACACACUUAAACUACCACGAACCUUCAAAUUUUGUCUUAGUGAGUUUUCUUGUGAAAGGUUUAUUCCACAAACUGUGCCAGCCAAUUAAGGAAGGCUCAACUGAUUUCUCAGAUGAAGUCCUAGAGAAGCUGGUGCUUAUUCUAGCAAAUCUGUUUGGGAGAAGAUAUCUUCCAGCCUGCUCAAAGGCAUUUAAACACACAUUUUACCAGUCCAAGGUCUUUCUAGAAGAUCUGCCGGAAGACUUUGCAGAUGCUGUAAAUGAGUACAACACCAAAGUUGAGGAAAACUUUGCUCAUUUUCUUCUGACAACAGCCAAGCUGGCAGAUAUGGAAGAAGAAUACAGACUUCCACUCUCAAAGACAGUUGUGUUUGAAACUUCCCAUCUAGAUUUUACAUCUGAAAAAUGGCAUGGCUCUGAACUAGCAUCUUACUUGAUGGACAACACCAAACGCAUAUCUGCUGUCUCACCAUUUGCAUGCUUAUCUGGAGUGGCUGAUGAUGAUCUAUUUCACGGGGAGAACAUUAAUAAUGCUGUACUACGCUCCCUUGGAAUUAAUGUCAAAAACUGCCCUCUGCUUUAUUUGAAGAAGUAUGAUAAUCAAGGAAGAAGCUUGCCACUCAACGCAUAUGCACUAGACUUUUAUAAGCACGGCUCUUUGACUGUUGUGGCAACUGAUAACUGGCUAAAUGAAGGAGAUGCAUACUACCUCCUCAAGGACUUUCUACUCCUCAUUCAGUCUAUACGAACAUCACUGAGUGAACUGUGCGAUGAUCCAAAUGAUAACGUUCUACUGGCAUUUCAAAAACUGGCAGAAGUCUACCAAAGUAAAUUUAAUGCAGUCUGAGUCUUUUGGUUACAAUGGAUGACUAAGUGUGUUAACUAUGUGUGUGGGAUGGGGUGUAACGCACAAAAAACCUCCACAAAAAACAACCAACAAAAAUCAAAGAACCCAAACCUAAAAACCAGUACUACAUAAUAUUCUUAUCAUAUACACAUUAUCAACUAUCUUUUAAAUUAGAAAGUGACUGAAUGUUCAGAUAUAUUUCAUUAUAAAAAUUUUAGUAAAACCCAGUAUUAGAAAUGAAAGAUUACCACAGAAAAUUAUAUUAUCAUAUUAAUGUUUUAGUAAUUCUAAUGUCAAUUAAAUUAUCGCUUUUAAUACAUUUCAAAAGUAGGUAAUUGCACAUUGUGGAAUCAGAUUCUUUUCAAGCAGUGAUUUAUACUAAGUUCUCAAAUAUAUUGAACAAAUGUAAGAAUUCUGAGGAGCUAAUCUCACUAGCUGCAAGUAGGAAAGCACCAGAAACUUUCAGCUCGUUUCUUUCACGAUGAAAAUAAAAUUAACUGUUCUAAUUAUUUUAUAAGGUUUUUUUAAUAAGGUUUUAAUUUUUAUAAUAUUUUCUAUAUAUUUUAUAAGGUUUUAAUAUGUAGUACCUUCAUGAAUGUUUGCAGAAGCUCUUAACUCUGACUGCAGC